CGCCAGGCCCUGCGGAAGCAACUUUCGUAACGAGCACUCACCUCACCCAACCUGUCGCUGCCUACACUCCCGCACCGCUCAUCAUGCUCUGUGCAAUCUCCGGAGAGGCUCCUCAGGUGCCUGUUGUCUCGAGCAAAAGUGGUACUGUGUUUGAGAAGAGAUUGGUUGAGGCAUAUAUUGCCGAGAAUGGGAAGGAUCCUGUGAAUGGAGAGGAACUGUCGACUGACGACCUGAUCGAGGUCAAGGCUCAGCGCGUCGUCCGCCCCCGGCCCCCUACCCUCACUUCGAUCCCGUCGCUGCUCAGUGUGUUCCAAGAGGAAUGGGACGCGUUGGCCCUGGAGACGUAUACCUUACGGCAGACACUGGCGCAGACGCGGCAGGAGCUCAGCGCCGCGCUCUACCAGCAUGAUGCCGCGGUUCGUGUGAUCGCCCGUCUGACCAUGGAGAGGGACGAGGCUCGGGACGCUCUAUCUAAGGUGACGGUUGGGGCUACUCGCAUGGCGGGUGCAGGCGAAGCCAUGCAGGUGGAUGCCAGUGGCUUGCCGGAAGAUGUGGUGGCCAGAAUUGAGAGUACUCAAGCAACUCUUUCCAAGGGUCGUCGCAAGCGUCCGGUGCCCGAAGGCUGGGCAACAAGCGAUAUCAUUUCCACAUAUCAGUCCACAGCAACAUCAGAGCCCCUCUAUCCCGGCUCCAAGGCACUGGCCGUGAAUGCUUCCGGUGAAUUGGCACUAGUCGGUGGUUCAGAUGGCGUUGUUGGGGUCUAUUCACUGGCCCAAAAUAGUGUGGUCCAGACCUUGAAGGCUGGUGGCCCAGUCACGGAUGCUGUCUGGGCAGGCGACAAGGCCGUCGUUGCGACCUCCAAAGGGGCUGUCAAGGUUUUCGAGAACGGUAGCGAAGUCGCCAGCUUCAAUUCUCACGCUGGCGAAGCGGCCGCGUUGGCUGUGCAUGCUACUGGCGAUAUUAUCGCUUCUGUCGGUGUCGACAAGAGCUACGUCUUAUACGACCUAACUACCGGCUCGGUGCUUACCCAGAUCUUCAGUGAUGCCUCCCUUCUUUCUGUCAGGUUUCAUCCAGAUGGACAUCUGAUUGCCGCUGGAGGUGCUGACGGUCAGAUCAAAAUCUUCGAAAUCAAGACUGGCGCGUCAGCUGCCAACUACAACAUGUCCGGUCCCGUCAAAUCCCUCUUCUUCUCCGAGAACGGUACUUUCUUGGCCGCCGUUGCUGAGAAUUCGACCACUGUCUCGGUGUGGGAUCUGCGCAGCUCGAAGGAAAUCAAGGUUCUGGAGACAGGCAGCAAGAUCAACUCCGUCUCCUGGGACUACACCGGCCAGUUUCUCCUCACCGGUGGGCCCAGCGGCCUGACCGUGCAGCAAUAUUCCAAGUCGUCGAAGGAGUGGUCCGAGCCCCUGCGCAGCGCCGUCCCUGCAGUGGCCGUCGCCUGGGGCACGGCAGCUCAAAGCAUAGUGGCUCUAAAUGGCGAUGGGGCAGUGACUGUGCUGGCGGGGCAGUCGUGAUGAUACCUCUGAAAUACCUGUAUAAUUCUAGGAGUCUUUGUUUGCUUUCUGAUUCUAUUUUUGUCGAGGGUUCCCUUCUUUUUGCGCCUUUUCUUCACUACAAAAAUCAUAUCUAGGUGGGCACAAGUUAAUCAUGCAUAAGACACGUAUUCUCCCACCACACUCCUAUCA